AUGGAGGAACAUACUCGUCAUGGGUUAAUGACAAGGUGUUUACAGUUAUUUGAUGAGGCACAAGCACUCGUUUCUAAUUUUGAUUUGGAGCAAGAUAAUGCUAAUCCGAGUAUACUUGAUAGAGAUGUAGAGGUAAAAAAAUCUUUAAUACAUGAUCCCAUUCCUCUUAUCCCUUCGCUUUCCCAACCACAUCCCAUCGACACAAGUUUCUCUGGAGGUAUUAUGUCUUCAGGUACCCAGGAACCAGAUCCAAUGGUAAUUUAUUCAGUGGCUAGUUCAUUACCUUCAUCAAUAGCCUCUAGGACACUUUCACCCACCAGGUAUUAUCAAGGACCGACAUACUUGUAUAAUAAUAUGCUUUAUCCACUCACAACACUUUCUACUGUUAGACUACCACCGUUUUCAAGUUCUAUUCCCAUUAUGGGUAGGCGUAGCACUUUGAAGCAUGGUGCUAGUGUUGAAACUACCAACCCAAAACACUGCGACGGAAUAGUGUGUGAUGGAGCUGCAAUGGUGCAUUUAGUUGUUCCACGUGUAGCCAAAACAUUUCAGGAGUAUUUCCAUUUGGAAUUUUAUCCAUAUAUAAAAAGCAAAUCAUCUUCGCUAAAUUGUAAGAGGGUAGACGUGGUAUGGGACCUUUACAACACUGACACCAUCAAAAAGGCUCGUGAGAAGAGGGGAACAGGGGUGCGGAGACAAGUGUUAGCUAAAGGUCUUCUGCCGAAAAAAUGGAGCGAUUUUUUGGGCAAUUCUGACAAUAAAAGCGAACUAUUGGCGCUCCUGGCCAAAAACCUUCUACAAUCAGACGAUAAUUUGGAAAUUGUUACGAAUGUUGAUGAUAUUUUAACUACAAAGAAUUGUGAGUCUGCAUUAGCCGGAAAAUCGUGUUUAAAAUGGGAAGAGGCAGAUGGACGCAUUUUGUUGCAUGUUUCGGACAUGAUGCAAAAAUUGAAUAUCUUGGAUUUUGGGCUAUAUUCUAAAAGAAUUGCAAUGGAAAUUAAAAAAAGAGUAAUGAAACAAUUUUUAGGUGUAUCAGGCAAAUUUGUAGUUAUGAUAGACGAAUCGACUAUUCCCGGAAGCAAGUCUACUCUUAUGGCAUAUUUGAAGAGGUACGACUCAAGGGAAAUGGCCCCUGUGGGCACGGGCACCGUCCCAAAAGCAAUCAAGAAAGAUAGGGACUUGUCUUCCCAGAGAGACAAGUAUAAACUAAAGCUGGAGAAAGCGGAAGAGAAGUACAACAAAGCAAUCGCAGCGCAAAAUGAUUUACAAGAGACGAACGACCGUCUUAUGCUAAGAAUAGCAGGCCUGGAGAGCGCCAACGCUAAGCUUAGCGACAAAAUGGAUAUUCUACUUCAGAAAAUAGAAAAAAUGAUGGCUGAUCAGCAAAAGCCUGAAAAACCAGAAGAGGACAAAGGACAAGAAACUAAGGAAAUCGAUGAAACAAACGAGCAAAACGCCACGUUUGCUGACGAUUAUAUGAGUGCCGAAGAAGCUAAGCUUCCGGAAACAGACUCUGACGAAGACGAAAAAGGUUUUGAAAAACCAAAACCCACAAAGAACGUUCUAAGAAGAGAGAGGAGGAAGCGAAAUCAUCCUGAAUCCGAUAACGAGAGACUCGACGGCGCCCACGGGGUCAUACCGAAAAAGAAGAUUACUGAGACAGUAAAAAGCACGCCCAGUGCCACUGUUGAAACAGAAACACAUGUAGAAAACGAAGAGACAUUACAGGAGGCACCAAAGGUGAAAAUUCCUCCAAUUGUACUGAAGGACACGACGAGAUGGAACUCACUCCACCGCGGCUUGAAAAGCCGUAACAUCAACUUCCAGGACCCUAGACUGCAAAACGGCGGUCUAAGAAUUUACACCAAUUCUUCGGAAUAUUACCGUAAAACGGUAAAGUAUUUCGAGGAAAUGAAGACAAAAUUCUACUGCUACACCCUGCGGGAGGAUAAGCCAUUUAAAGCGGUACUACGAGGUGUACCCACCCACAACUCCCCCGAAGAAGUGACAAACGAGUUGAUACUUCAAGGCAUCACGCCGCUGAAAGUACAGCAUAUGAAAUCGCGAUAUAACAAAUUCCCUAUUAGGAAAACAGCGACAUGA